GUGGCGGGUGGGAGGCGCACAGCCCCGAGGCAGAGGAGACGCCGGAGCUCCAGACACAGCAGGAGCGCGCCGUGGCGGUGCAGUUUCCGCGUCGCCUUCGCCGCCGCCUCUCCGAGCCGCGGGAACCGCCGCCGCCGCCGCCGCCGGCCUCCGCCGCCCGCCCGGGUCCGCGCUCCCGUCCGCCCAGCGGCCGCCCAUCCCUCCCGGGCACCGGCCCCCGGCCCGCCGCCGCGGGCUCCCGCCGCGCUCUUUGAACUCUCCGGAUUUUCUGGCUUCCUUCUCUCACCUCGCCAGCUCGCCCCUCCCGGGGCUUCUCUCUCCAUCCCUUUCCCUUCCUCCCCGAGCAUCCUGCUUCUCUCCCCGUCUCACUGAGGAUUUCUUCGGGACUUCAGAUGACUUGGCUUCCGUACCCACGUCCACUUGAGCGCUGAAGACGGACCCGGAGCCCUGAUCCUCCCCUCCCGGGGGCAUUGCAAAGACCUUCCUCUUCAGGGCUGGGGGGAUAAAAAAAAAAAAAAAAAAAAAAAAAAGUCCUCCAAGGCGAAAGAACUGAAGGCGGGACCUUCCCGAUCUCCCCGGGAGCCCAGCGGGGAACUGCUUCAGCCGCCCGAACUCGCGCUGUCGGGGACCCCCGUGGAGCAGCGCGGAGAGCCCAGGCGGAGGCAAACUUCAGCCCUUUCGAGGAUCGCCGCUUCCCAGCAUUUGGGGGACACCCCCGCCUCCCCAAACACACACACACACACACACACACACACACACACACACACACACACACACAUCCCGGCGGGUGGUUGAGAAGGCGGAGGAGCCGCGAGCAUCCCUCCCUCGGCCCUCCACGCCAGGCCGGAGUGGUGGACUGAACCGCACGGAGCAGCGGCGGCGGCGGCGGCAAGAUGCGGGGCUCUGGGCCCCGGGGUGCAGGACGCCGGCGGCUCCCGGGCGGCUCCCGCCGCGCUGCGGCGUCCCUGGCCGGCUGCUACCCCGCACCUCGCCGGGCCCCGCUCUGGACGUGCCUGCUGCUGUGCGCCGCGCUCCGGACCCUCCUGGCCAGCCCCAGCAACGAAGUGAAUUUAUUGGAUUCACGUACUGUUAUGGGGGACCUGGGAUGGAUUGCUUUUCCAAAAAAUGGGUGGGAAGAGAUUGGUGAAGUUGAUGAAAAUUAUGCUCCCAUUCACACAUACCAAGUAUGCAAAGUUAUGGAACAAAAUCAGAAUAACUGGCUUUUGACCAGUUGGAUCUCCAAUGAAGGUGCUUCCAGAAUAUUCAUAGAACUCAAGUUUACUCUUCGGGACUGCAACAGCCUUCCUGGAGGACUAGGCACCUGUAAGGAAACAUUUAACAUGUAUUACUUUGAGUCAGAUCAUGAGAAUGGGAGAAACAUUAAGGAAAACCAGUACAUCAAAAUUGAUACCAUUGCUGCUGAUGAAAGUUUUACUGAACUUGAUCUUGGUGACCGUGUCAUGAAGCUGAACACAGAGGUCAGAGAUGUAGGACCUCUGAGCAAAAAGGGAUUUUAUCUUGCUUUUCAAGAUGUGGGUGCUUGUAUUGCUCUAGUUUCAGUGCGUGUGUACUAUAAAAAGUGCCCUUCCGUGGUGCGACACUUGGCUGUCUUCCCCGACACCAUCACUGGAGCUGAUUCUUCACAACUGCUCGAGGUGUCCGGAUCCUGUGUCAAUCAUUCAGUGACAGAUGACCCACCCAAAAUGCACUGCAGUGCUGAAGGGGAGUGGCUGGUGCCCAUCGGGAAAUGCAUGUGCAAGGCAGGAUAUGAAGAGAAAAAUGGCACCUGUCAAGUGUGCAGACCUGGGUUCUUCAAAGCCUCACCUCACAGCCAGAGCUGCAGCAAAUGUCCACCUCACAGUUAUACCCAUGAGGAAGCUUCAACCUCUUGUGUCUGUGAAAAGGAUUAUUUCAGGAGGGAGUCUGAUCCACCCACAAUGGCAUGCACAAGACCCCCGUCCGCUCCUCGGAAUGCCAUCUCAAAUGUUAAUGAAACUAGUGUCUUUCUGGAAUGGAUUCCGCCUGCUGACACUGGUGGAAGGAAAGAUGUGUCCUAUUAUAUUGCAUGCAAGAAGUGCAACUCCCAUGCAGGGGUGUGUGAGGAGUGUGGCAGUCAUGUCAGGUACCUCCCCCAGCAAAUCGGCUUGAAAAACACCUCUGUCAUGAUGGUGGAUCUGCUCGCUCACACAAACUAUACCUUUGAGAUUGAGGCAGUGAAUGGAGUGUCCGACUUGAGUCCAGGAGACCGGCAGUAUGUGUCCGUAAAUGUAACCACGAAUCAAGCAGCCCCCUCACCAGUCACCAAUGUGAAAAAAGGAAAGAUUGCAAAAAACAGCAUCUCUUUGUCUUGGCAAGAACCAGAUCGUCCCAAUGGAAUCAUCCUGGAGUAUGAAAUCAAGUAUUUUGAGAAGGACCAAGAGACCAGCUAUACAAUUAUCAAAUCGAAAGAGACAACUAUCACUGCAGAGGGCUUGAAGCCUGCUUCCGUAUAUGUCUUCCAAAUCCGAGCCCGCACGGCAGCAGGCUAUGGUGCCUUCAGUCGAAGAUUUGAGUUUGAAACCACCCCCGUGUCAGUUGCAGCAUCCAACGAUCAAAGCCAAAUUCCUAUAAUUGCUGUGUCUGUGACAGUGGGAGUCAUUUUGUUGGCAGUGGUUAUCGGCUUCCUCCUCAGUGGAAGUUGCUGCGAAUGCGGCUGUGGGAGGGCUUCUUCCCUGUGCGCUGUUGCCCAUCCAAGCCUAAUAUGGCGGUGUGGUUACAGCAAAGCAAAACAAGAUCCAGAAGAGGAAAAGAUGCAUUUCCAUAAUGGGCACAUUAAACUUCCAGGAGUAAGAACUUAUAUUGAUCCACAUACUUAUGAGGAUCCAAAUCAGGCUGUCCAUGAAUUUGCCAAGGAAAUAGAAGCGUCAUGCAUCACAAUUGAAAGAGUUAUUGGAGCAGGUGAAUUUGGUGAAGUUUGUAGUGGACGUUUAAAACUUCCAGGAAAAAGAGAAUUACCUGUGGCUAUCAAAACUCUUAAAGUAGGCUAUACUGAAAAGCAACGCAGAGAUUUCCUGGGGGAAGCAAGUAUUAUGGGGCAGUUUGAUCAUCCUAAUAUUAUUCAUUUAGAAGGUGUUGUGACCAAAAGUAAACCUGUGAUGAUUGUGACAGAGUAUAUGGAAAAUGGUUCUUUAGAUACAUUUUUAAAGAAAAAUGAUGGGCAGUUCACAGUGAUUCAGCUUGUUGGCAUGCUGAGAGGCAUCGCUGCGGGAAUGAAGUACCUUUCUGACAUGGGUUAUGUGCAUAGAGACCUUGCUGCCAGAAACAUCUUAAUCAAUAGUAACCUUGUGUGCAAAGUGUCUGACUUUGGACUUUCCAGGGUACUGGAAGAUGAUCCUGAGGCAGCCUACACUACAAGGGGAGGCAAAAUUCCAAUCAGGUGGACUGCCCCAGAAGCUAUCGCAUACCGAAAAUUCACCUCGGCCAGUGAUGUCUGGAGCUACGGAAUCGUGAUGUGGGAGGUUGUGUCUUAUGGCGAGAGGCCCUACUGGGAGAUGACCAAUCAAGAUGUGAUUAAAGCAGUCGAGGAAGGCUACCGUCUGCCGAGCCCUAUGGACUGUCCUGCUGCUCUCUAUCAGUUAAUGCUGGAUUGCUGGCAGAAGGACCGAAAUAGCAGGCCCAAGUUUGAUGAAAUCGUCAACAUGUUGGACAAGCUGAUCCGUAACCCAAGUAGCUUGAAGACGCUGGUUAAUGCAUCAAGCAGAGUGUCUAAUUUAUUGGCAGAACAUGGUUCACUGGGAUCUGGGGCUUACAGAUCAGUAGGUGAAUGGCUUGAAGCAAUCAAAAUGGGCCGGUAUACAGAAAUUUUCAUGGAAAAUGGAUACAGUUCAAUGGACGCUGUGGCUCAGGUGACCUUGGAGGAUUUGAGGCGACUUGGAGUGACUCUUGUCGGUCACCAGAAGAAGAUCAUGAACAGCCUUCAAGAAAUGAAGGUGCAGCUGGUAAAUGGAAUGGUGCCAUUGUAACUUCAUUUUAAUAUAACUUCAUCAAGUGGAUGAUUCUGCACUUUGUAAACAGCCCUGAGAUUUAUUUUAACAAAAGAGGGAGGGGGGGAUAGGGAAAAAUUCAGUGAUUUCUAAACUUGAGAAGUGCAUUUGUUUCAACCACAGAAUUUGUAAUCAGUGUUUUACUAAAAUCUCAUCUUUCUCUCAGUAUCUUCAUUUUUUAUGAAGAAAUUAGAACUUGUGUGGAAUGAGAACUUGCAGCUAAGCAUUAUCUUGUGUUACAUCAACAAAAUCCUUCACAGCACUUCCACACAAUUUUAUACAUGAAAUAUAUUAUUAUCUGUAGCACCUUUAUAGACUGAAUUAUGCAACCCCUUUCAAAACUUCCAAGAAUCUACUUGACAGAAGUUUUACAGCCAUGCGUGGGCUAACAAAAGCUGCGGUUUACUGGUUUACUUCAAGUCUAAAUUGUCUACGUAAGUGUAUUGAAGAGCAAUAUGGUUAGAUAAUUUCUCAAUAGAUAUCUGCUUUUGUAAUUUAAAAUGCUGUUACACAGCAUUAAGUAAAAGAAAUUAGUGUAAAAACAUGUUGCUUGAUAAGGACAAGUACAAUACAGGGUGUAUAUUUAUUUUUCUGUGUUAUAAAAUUUACGUCUAGUUGCUCUUCUUGAAACUAUUAGGUAAUAAAUGUGUAUAUGCUGUAUAAAUUACUGUAUACCCAGCCAUCAAUUUACAUUUUGAAUUGUGUGUUUGAGCUUGCACAUGUGUGCAUUGCCAUUCUGUUUGCAUCUUUAAUACUGUUUUAAUUUUAGCAACAUACAGGAGCAAAUGUUCCAAAGUAUAAUAUGAAUAGAAAAAGUAGAGAAGCAGUAAAAUUUAACAUAAGCUUGUGUCUUUUCUUCCUCUCAUGUGUCCAAAAGCUACUAAAUCUCUUUAUUCACUAACAGGAAAUGUCUAUAAGAUUAAAUCCCCUUUGGCUUUUUAAAAACACUUUGUGAUAUCUGUGACAAUGCAGUUCUUCUAGCCAUUAAUCUUGCACCCUUGUAAGAAAUUUCACCUUUCUGAGUCCCAGAAAAUAUCUUGUCAAGAAAAGUUGACACCGAAGGGCACAUUUUCAGCAGGAUGUAGGAGGAUUUAACUGUGCAGGUUUCUGUUAAUGUUGUUAAAUCCAGGCACAUAGCACUAAGCAUUACCCUUAAGUGUUAAUCCUUUGUAACCAUUUCCCCUGUGGCUCAGCUCUACAAAUUUGAUACUAAGGCAGCAAUGAAAUGAUGACAAAUGUGUAUGUGUGGUUGUGGGUGCGUGUGUGCUGUGUGUGUGUAAAAUGCAUUUUUCCUCCAAAAUGAGCUGUCUCAAGACUUAACAAGUUUAAUUUGUUGAUUGCUAUAUACUCAUUAGGUAAUUUCAUCUUGUAUUCAUGCACAUGGAGUUGAUUUAAUUUUGAUGAACGAACACAAAUAAUUACCUAAUGGACCAUAAUAAGGAAUAUAUUAAGUAUGCCCUAUAUGUUCACAAUUGGUAAAAACUAGUAGUAACAGUACAUAUUGUACACUUUAUUAGAAAAAAGUGAACAAAUUGAGUUUCUUGGUGAAUUAACCACAUUUUUUCAUUACUGCACUUUACAGAAGUCACAGAACGAUGUACGAUCGAGUAGCACAGUGUUUUUAAAUUUAUAGCCAUAAUUGCAAAUUUAUGAAUCCAUAAGAAAUAUAAGUGCAUUAUAUAUACUUUUUUCCUUUCCAAACACCUGUUUUAUUGAAUGCUUAUACAUUCAAAAUAAGAUUUUUUGGGAAAAAAUUCAAUUCUGUCCACCAUUAGUAUAAGAAAUGAACAAACUUUUCUAAAGAACUUGUAAUAAUGAAAAAAAAAGAUUCCAAAUAAAUUUCAACUUUAUUUGGUUAGGGCUAAAAUUCAUAUUAGGACUAUACUCUAUCAUGGAUCAUAAACAAACUAUGUAUACUUCACACAUUAUCAAGUUUAGUCAAAUUUUCAGAGAAAGAGGAAUAAUUUUGCAUUAUCUUGUUAAAAUCAAGUAUAAAUAAGAACCACCAUUAUUAAAGAUUCAUUUAUUAAUGUCAGUACAUAUAAAAUUAAUUCACUUUGCACCUUAUAAUUGAAGGUUGUAUUAUACAUUAUUAAAAUUUACAUGGACAACUGAAUUUAUGUGAUAAAAUAAUAAUUGAGAAAUUUCAAGAUGGCAACAAUGAUUGGGAGAUCAAGAUAAACUUUAUCUAAUGAAUGGAAUUUGAAUCUGCAUGAUAUAUUUUUUCCACAAAAGAAUAUUUUAAAUCAAUUUGUAUUAAAUUUAAUUUGUAACUUUGCAGUCCUGGAAGUAGAUGAGAUGAAAGUUAAAUACAUGCAAAGCUUCAGCCAUAUCUUACUCUUCUUGAAAAUUUCUAAGGAAUGCCAAUGCAAUUUUAUAAAUGAUAGAAAGGUCCUCAAAUUACUUGCAUUCUCUUCUGCAAUAAAAAAAAUUCAUUUUUUUAGAAAAAUAUUUCUAAAAUAUUUGUUCACCAUUGGAUAGGUCACCAAUUGGGAAGUACCAGUCUCAUCUAUUAAUGUAAGAAAUAGAACAAGAAGUGUCUCUCUUGAAAUAUAGUGAAGCAAUAAUCAAGGGCAAGGUUAGACAAAUCCUGAUUGUGUUAUUUUUUUUAAUCAGUUUGGGUCAUUCUUUCCCCUAUAAAAUGACUAGAAAACAAAGACAGUAAUCUUAGCAGAUUAGGUAGAAUUGUAGAAAAAAUAAACUGUUAUUGGCAUUGUAGAACUUUCAGGGAUGCAAUUUUUUUCAGUGUCGAAUUUUGGAAAAGAAGUAUAAGCAAGAAUCAAUUUUCAAGUUACCUGAUACUUGUUGAAGUCACUCAAUUACUAUUUUAAACAAUAAUAAUUUGUUUCCUAAUCUGAUCAUUUGCUCACAUGUAAAAAUGGCAUAUAAUAAAUUAUUCUUAGACAUUGAAAUGUAUGAACUGUUUGUAAAAUUGUGAAGCUUUUUUAUUUCCCCACUUUGAAAAAAAUGAAUGUGCAUGUUCUUUUAUUUCUUGCAUUUCAAUCACCAAGUCAGUGUUCAAAAGUUGUAGGAUUACUUGUAAAAAUUAUAUUCUAUCUAAACUUAAGUAUGACCAGCAUUAUUAGUUUUCAAGUUGCCAAAAUCAUACAAAUCAUUGUUAACUCCAAUUGUAAAUGCUUUUGUUAAUAUGCAAUGAUGAGAGAUAGUUUCACUCUCAAGUUUCAAAAAAUAAUAUCAUUUGAACACUUAGGUGUUGCAUGUCUGCUACUUAAUCACUAGGUGAGAAUUAAGUUUGUUUUUUAAACUUUUUUCUUCCAUUUAAAGUGGGAUCUUAUAAGCACAAAAAGAUAUAUUUACCUGUGGGAGAAAUUUUGGGCUGUGAUUGUGCAUUGAAUGAAAAUGCUAUUUGAGACAAAUGUAGACUUUUAUUAGAAGUAUGGUGUUGCAUAGUAGAAUAAGAUUCUUUUCUUGUUUUGUUCUAUUUAAAAAUAGGGGAAAAUGAAAGCUAAUUAUUAUAGUAAAUUGUCAUUGCUUAUGUCCUGCCAGAUGCUUAACCUCAAAACAAAAUAAAUAAAAAGUAGGUGUACAAUAAGAUGAUAACAAUCAAAUGCUAGUUUUAUUUGGUAUUAAUAAACAGAAUAAGGCAUCAUUUUCAUCUCUGUAGCAUAGCUGAAUACUAAUCUUUUAUGCUGUUAAAUAGUAAUAGGUCAAAGAUAAAUUGAUAAAUCCUUUAUUUUCUUGAUGACUUAUGAAAUAUCAUUUUUAUCAUUUUACACAUAAAUGAUUGGUUAUUCUUAUUUAGGAUGACCAUGCAGUUAUUUCUUACAAGGCAGCAAUCCUUUCUCUUCUUUUGCCUUUAAAAAUUAGAAUCAAAUGCCAUUUGUUCUCUCUAAAUGGUUAUGACAAAAAUUGAAGUUGGCAAAAAAUAUCAUAUUUAUUGAUACUGGGAUAUGUUAACAGCAGAAGCUUCAGUGGCCAACAUACUUGUGAAUCCUGGGCCAGAACAAUAGUACAGUAGGUGGAGCACUUGCCUUUUAUGGGGUCCAUCCCCAACAUCCCAUAUGGCACCCCAAGUCUCGCCAGGAGUAAUUCCUCAGCACAGAGUCAGAAGUUGUCCCAGAACAUGCUGGAUGUGGCCCCCAAACAAAACAAACAGACAUAUCUGUGAAUCCUUUAAACUGCUAGCUUUAUAAUUAAUUAUUUCAAAAUGCAUAAAGUUCACAUAGAUGGUGUGAUACUGAAAGUGAGAUUCAUUCAUCUCCUGUAUGUUUAUUAAAAUCUCUUAGUUCCAGGCAGGUCAGAGCACCUGAACAACAUAUUUUACUCUCUGAUAAGCACUAGAAUAUUUCAAGUUCCUGCCUUAGCAUCAAUUAAAGGGAGGAUUACUAUUUCUCUAUUUCACCUCUUUGAAUCUCUGUGUGAAUUUGGUUUGUGUACAUGUCUUUUGUAGUGUAAGAUACAAAAUUUUAUAUUUUUUCAGAAAAUAAAAACCCUUUGAAUACAGUUAAAA